GCGGGGCCGGCGGCCGCGCCAGGAGUUAGCGUAGCUUCUGCCGUUAGGGCCCCCCCUUGCCUUGCCAGGCGCCUCCUCGCUCGCUGUCUCCAUGUGCUGCGCUGUGUACGCUUCCCAGUCUUCUUGACAGUGGAGCGCUGCAAGGAUUGCAUAGUUAAGUUGCUUUUACAGAAUUAACAGGUCUCCAAGAAAUUAAAAAAAAAAAGGUCAUUAUUGCUGUGGUUUGAGCUCAGCAUGGCUGUAGUCAUCCGUUUACUGGGGCUUCCUUUUAUUGCGGGGCCUGUGGAUAUUCGCCACUUCUUCACGGGAUUGACUAUUCCUGAUGGAGGAGUGCAUAUAAUUGGAGGGGAAAGAGGGGAGGCUUUUAUUAUUUUUGCAACAGAUGAAGAUGCAAGACGUGCCAUAAGUCGUUCAGGAAGGUUUAUCAAGGAUUCAUCUAUAGAACUCUUUCUUAGUAGUAAGGCAGAAAUGCAGAAGACUAUAGAAAUGAAAAGAACUGAUCGCAUAGGAAGAAAGCGACCAGGAUCUGGGGCAUCAGGGGCUGGCAGCUUAUCUAAUUUUGUUGAGGAUAUUAAGAAAGAAACAAGUAAUUCUGGAUAUGACUCUUCAGUUAAUCAAGAUGAUGGGUUUCAUACCAAUGGUACAGGACAUGGUGAUUUAAGGCCAAGAAAGACACGGCCAUUGAAGGCUGAGAAUCCUUAUUUGUUCCUACGAGGUUUGCCUUACUUAGUAAAUGAAGAUGAUGUACGUGUCUUUUUCUCUGGUUUGUGUGUGGAUGGAGUAAUUUUCUUAAAACAUCAUGAUGGCCGAAAUAAUGGUGAUGCCAUAGUAAAAUUUGCUUCGUGUAUUGAUGCUUCAGGAGGUCUUAAAUGUCAUAGAAGUUUUAUGGGUUCAAGAUUCAUAGAAGUAAUGCAAGGCUCAGAACAACAGUGGAUUGAGUUUGGUGGUAAUGCAAUUAAGGAGGGUGACAUUCCUAUGAGAAGUGAAGACCAUUCUCCACCAAGAGGCGUUAAUGAUAGGCAUUUUGGAAAACAGUCAUGUUCAAAAUCUCCCAGAAGAACACGUUCUCGUUCUCCUUUUGGAUUUUAUGUUCACUUAAAAAAUCUGUCCCUAGGUAUUAACAAAAGAGAUUUAAAAAAUUUCUUUAGAGAUACUGAUCUGUCCAGUGAACAGAUUAAGUUUUUAUAUAAAGAUGAAAGAAGAACAAGAUAUGCCUUUGUGAUGUUCAAGACGCAAAAAGACUAUAACACAGCUCUGGGUUUACAUAAGACUGUUUUACAGUAUCGCCCAGUUCAUAUUGAUCCAGUUUCUAGAAAACAAGUGCUGAAGCUCAUUGCAUGUUAUGAAAAGAAAAGACCACCAUCAAUAGGGAAAGAGAGGCUUGGACAUGUUUCUCAAAAAUAUUCUCAAGAAGGCCACUCUGGCCAGAAGCUGUGCAUCUAUAUAAGAAAUUUCCCAUUCGAUGUUACAAAAAUUGAAGUGCAGAAGUUCUUUGCAGACUUUUCGCUUGCUGAGGAUGACAUUUACCUGCUUUAUGAUGACAAAGGAGUUGGUCUGGGUGAAGCACUGGUGAAAUUCAGGACAGAAGAACAGGCCAUGAAAGCUGAACGGUUAAACCGACGAAGAUUCUUGGGGACAGAGGUAUUACUGAGACUUAUAUCUGAGGCACAAAUGCAGGAGUUUGGUGUAAAUUUUCCAUUGAUGUCCAGUGAGAGGAUGCAGGGUCAUUCGCAGUCAUGUGAUAGAGAGGACCAUUUUCAUUCAUUUGACUCAAAUGAUCCACCAGUACACCCAGUUGGCCUUUCUGAAAACUUGAGGCAUCAGCAAGAGGACUUGAGACACCUGGAUAAUUUCAAGCACCCUCAGUCAGACAGGCGCCCUCCAGAAGACUUUAGACAUUCCCCAGAGGACUUUAGGUGCCCCUGGGAGGAGGACUUCAGGCGCCCUCGGGAGGAGGACUUCAGGCGCCCUCGAGAGGAGGACUUCAGGCGCCCUCGAGAGGAGGACUUCAGGCACUCUUGGGAAGAGGACUUCAGGUACUCACCGGAGGAGGACUUCAGGUACUCACCGGAGGAGGACUUCAGGCACCCUCGGGAGGAGGGCUGGAGGCGACCACCUGAGGAGGAUUUCAGACGGCCUUCCAAGGAGGACUUCAGGCGACACCUGGAGGAUUGGAGGCGGCCUGCCGAGGGAGACUUUAGGCGGCUACCUGAGGAAGAUUGGAGGCGGCCUUUUGAGGAGGACUUCCGGCGUCUUCCGCAGGGGGAAUGGAGGAGACCACCUGAGGAAGACUUCAGGCGGCCCCCUGAGGAAGACUUAAGGCGUUCCCCCGGGGAGGACUUCAGGCGGCCGGCCCAGGAACACUUCAGGCGCCCACCCCCAGAACACUUCAGGAGGCCGCCCCCGGAGCACUUCCGGCGACCUCCCCAAGAGCACUUCCGGCGGCCAUUCCCAGAGCAUUUUAGGCGACCUCCUCAGGAGCAUUUCAGGAGGCCACCACAGGAACAUUUCAGGCGACCCCGAGAGGAAGAUUUCAGGCACCCACCAGAUGAAGAUUUCAGGGGUCCUCCUGAUGAAGAUUUUAGGCACCCUCCUGAUGAGGACUUCAGGAGCCCCCAGGAGGAAGAUUUUAGAUGCCACUCUGAUGAGGACUUCAGGAGGCUCCCUGAGGAAGACCUCAGGGAAACUUCAGAGGAAGACCCUAGACUUCCUGACAGUCUUAGACCCCCUGGAGAGUUUCGGAGCCCACCUGAUGAUUUUAGAAGUCAUCGACCCGUUGUGAAUUUUGGUCACCCAGAAGGUGGCAAGUUUGAUUUUGGAAAGCGUAAUAUGGGAAGUUUUCCUGAGGGGAGAUUUAUGCCUGAUCCAAAAUUAAAUAGUUCAAGUAGAGUAACUCCUAUUAAGAUAAUGAAUCUUCCAUUUAAAGCUAAUGUUAAUGAAAUUCUAGACUUUUUCCAUGGUUAUAGAAUCAUACCUGAUUCUAUUUCAAUACAGUAUAAUGACCAAGGAUUACCUACAGGGGAAGCCAUUGUUGCUAUGAUAAACUAUAAUGAAGCUAUGGCUGCUAUUAAAGAUCUAAAUGAUAGGCCAGUUGGCCCUCGCAAAGUUAAGUUAAUUUUGCUCUAGAGAGCAUUUCUAAGUUCAAAAUUAACCUCCUCACACAGUAUUGAUGCAGUAAAAUGCAUUUGUUAUUAAAAGGUGUUUUUUUUUAAUUAAAUGAAGAAACGAUUUUAUUUUGAUCUGUGAGUAGAACAAAUGUAAAUAUUAUGUGAAUCUGUUUUCUUUUGCCUGCAAAUUGCCGUUCACCUUUUCUAAUUUAAAAUUAUAUAUAUAUUUUUCCCUGCGGGUGGGGGAGAGAAUUCCCUGAGUUCAUUAAUUUUUGUUGAUGCCUCAAGACUUGUGUAAAGUAGAGUUGUAUUUGGGGAGGAUGAAUUUUAUAUUUGCUUUUGUUUCCAUUUGUCGUUUACAUCUUUUACUCAAACUAUAUAAGGAAAAUGGUCAGUGACUAUUGUUCAGGUUUAGCAUUUUUAUUGAUAUUGGCUGCAAAUUAAUGCCCUCUUCCUUGUCUUGAAAUAUUACUGUGUUAAGCCUCCUGUUAACUAUAUAUAGUUCAAAAUGGACAGACUGUGAACUUAAAAGUUUACGUAUGUAAAAAGCUGAGGAGAUUCUUAAAGUUUCCAUGUUCAUAACUUUGCGAAGUUUUAUAAAAAUAAAAAAGAUUGCAACUGAAUAGACCAACUAAGUAACUGUACUUGUAUUUAUAUAAAAAGAAAAAAGAAUUGCAGCUUCUUUUAUGAAGAUUUUCAACAACUACAUAAAAACAAUAUUUAUGAUAGAUGGGACCAAAUAUCCUAUAAUAAUAGUGUAGAGUGUUGUAUAUACUUCCAUGGUUUCCUCAACAUCUCAUCAACCAAAUUUGUAAGAUUAACUUAAACUACUUAAGUCAAAGAUAAGGAUGUAAUUAUAGGUACGAGGACACUUAAAGGCUUGUGCUGGGAAGAAUGUGACAGAUGGAUAUAGUUUAUAUAGCUAGGAAUGAUUCACUGAUAAUUCAUAUAACGUAUAUUUUUAAUUAGAACAAUUUUUAAAAUUUUGAAACUUUGUACCCAUUUAGUUUUUUUUUAAACCCAGUAACUAAAUAUGAUGCUUAUGUUGUUGAAUUUUGACUUCUUUGCUUCAACAUUUAAUGUAGACAUUUUGUAAAUACUGGAUUUAAUUUUCUGUAUCCCUAAUGAUAAUAUGGUUAACAUUUACUGGGCACUUAACUACAUGCCAGAACAGUAAUGAGCACUUUACAUGCAUAAUCUCAAUCUUGAUUCCCCAGGCAGGAUAGAGUAUUCUUUACCUUUGUUUCACAAAUGAGAUAAUGAAGUUUACAUUGGUUAAGUGAUUUGCAUAAAGACAUUGUUUAGUAAAUUAGACUAAACAAUGGUUUAGACCAUUGACUUCAUGUUCCUGAUUUUGUUUAAAGUGUCACAUUAAUUUUAGUAAGAACCAUGCUAAAAAUAUUUUUAAGAAUGAUACCUUCUUACCUCCACUGUUUUAAAAGUAGCAUUAAAAAAGAUAAAUUUACCAUGCUGUAGCAUUGUUAGUGAAAGACAAAGUAACUUUAAAAGUUUUUAUAUAUCCAGGUUUCUCUUGCAUACUAACAUUUUGUGUGUGUGUGUAUACAUAGAUAUAUACUUCUAGUUGAAAAUUGUUUAUUAAACAUGAUUUGACUGGUAUUUUAUAGUUUACUUAAAACACAGUUAAUUUUUCUCAAUGCUGUUAUCCAGAAAUUUCCCAAAAUGAACAUAUAGGCAUAAAAUUUGAAUUUAUAUAUGGUAGUUUAGUCAUUUGAUAAUAGGAUUUUUCAGAAGUAGGAUACUUUGUCAGUACUUAGUCAGUUAGUACUAUAAAUAUUUUGGAUUGUUUUCAGUGAUUUAAAGAAGCCUAGGAGAAGUCAACCAAAGUUUCUGUGUUUUAAUAACAUAUACUGCUUCCUAGUAUAAUGAAUAAACUGGUAAAUUUGGUUCAAAAAGGCACUUUAAUAAGCUUACAAAUAACUGGGGAAAUGAUUAAAUGUUCAAACCAGCAAAAUGAACAAAUAGGAGUAAAUAUUCUAAAUGCCUAAUGAUUAUAUAGAUGGUUCAUUUGAUCAGCCCCUUUAAGGGAUAUAUAGAAGACUUAAUGAAUUCUUUUCAAAUAUCAAGCUGAUACAUAUGCUCAAACUAAGCUGGUGUGGGAUGAUGGUAGAUAAAAGACCAACAAUAGUAAACACUGGCUUUGUAUUUUGGUUUCAAAAUGGAUGGGUUGACAGGAAUAUUUUCGUAAUCUGUUUAAGAUACUUCUUAAUUAACUUUUUAAAAUCGCUUAUAUAGGAAGUAGGGUUCUGCUGAUGGGAGCCUUUUUUCACAUCUUCCAACUUUGUCUUCAGUAUAAUGUUGAUAACUAAAAUUGGCCAUGGUAGGAGUAUUUUACACCACGUAAAUUGGCAACUGCAGUGCAUUGGGGCAUUUUCCACCCGAGAGAACCAGUUUGCCAGCACACUGUCAAUUUCAAAUACGUAAGAGAAUAUUGUAUUAGAUGCUUAUAUACCCAGCUUUAAUAAUUAUCAUUUCAUAGCUAGUUUGGCUUCCUACUCCCAGAUAUAUUAGGUAUACCAGGGGUAUAUUGGGUAUCUUAAUUCCCAGUGGCAUUUUAAUUAUCUUAGAGACAAACUUUUUAUCUAGAAGUUACCUGAAAAGCAUAGAUCAUGCUUAAAAAAUAAUUCUAUAACCAAGAGAUAGGUAAGACUCAUUGUAUUAGGAGUGCUCUUUUAUCCCUUACUGAGAAGGUUGUUAAGAACAAUGGCUUUUUUCCCAUCUAUGCCUAUAAAGCAGUGACCCCAUCUUUGUAUUAAACGUAAGCUGUCAUUGAGCUGCAUUACAUGGUUUAUAUUUGUGGUCCGUAAUUACAUAUGAAUUGACUCACUUUUUUCUCAAUAAUCCUAAGUAUUUUAGAGAUUAGAAAUGGAGAUGUAUAGGCUAAAUGACAGGUCAGAUUGGUUGCUUUUUUACAAGGAAACUAAGUUUUUACAUUUUUAAUUGUUUACAUCUUAAAUGGUUAUGUAAGUACCCAUGUUUAGCCUUGAUUUUUUUUUCCUCUGGACUUAACAGUGAAAAAAAAUGUGGCUUUUUAAGAAAGUUUGGCAGCCUACAUCUGGUCUACAAGAAACUUAUGUUUACAUUGUUAAAAGUAUUAUCAUGGAUAGUAU